UACUUCAUUCACUCACCCUCUCACCUCGUUAUUCCAACCCCUCUAGAUUUGAAUCACCAAACUUCCUCGUUCCUUCUCUCUCUCUCUCUCUCUCUCUCUCUCUCUCUCUCUUAUAUUUGUACUGUACCCAAAAAAGCACUUCACAAAGUUGAAAGCUGAAACCUCUUCUUCAAUCUACUUCACGAUGGCGGAGAAGCACUUGCGGGAGCUCCUUAAAGAGGAUCAAGAACCCUUCCUUCUGAAACACUACAUUUGGGAGCGUCGCAGGCAGCUCAAAAGACCUUCCCCAAACAGCACUUUACAACAACAACUGAAAAAGAAAAACUCAAACUUCCCACUUAACAAAUGCUUCCUCACUUCCCUACAAAACGCCACAAAAUCCCCACUCUUAUUGUCUCCAAAGAAUAGUACUUCUCCCCUCCUCAGACCCUCCAACGCCAAAACCGCGUCGCUCCUCCUCGAAGCCGCCCUCAGAAUCCACAACAAAAACGCGAAACCGAAGAAGCCCAAACCAAACAGCGCCUUGGGCAUCUUCGGCUCGCUCUUCAAGAAACUAACCAACCGAAAGAGGGAAACAUUAGAGGGUGUUCUUGUUAAGGUUAAAGACAGCGACGACGAUGUUGUUGUGGUGGGAUCCUGUGAGGUUGGGUUCAGUUGUUCCUGCAACGGAAGGCCAAGCAGUGCUGUGUGGUCGGAGAGCAACGAGGAUAAAUCGUUGGACUUGGAAUCUUCUAGUAGUGGCCACUCAUUUGAUGACUCUGUUGCUGAAGAGAUUGAGUUUCUCAACAAACGCAAACAUGUUACGGAUUCUGCUUGUUUUGACGACGAUGAUGGCUUCUUCUGUGAAAGCCCGUUCCGUUUCUCCCUCCAACGCAGCCCCGGCUACUCCGGCCGCCACACCCCGGAUUUUUCUUCGCCGGCUGCGUCUCCAUGUCGCCGCAAAACUGAGGACAAAAAAAUUAAUGGUGCUGAUGGCGUCAACAAAUUCCAAUCAGGGGAAGAAGAGGAAGAUAAGGAACAGUGCAGUCCAGUAUCUGUUUUAGACCCACCCUUCGAUGACGAUGAUGAUGGGCAUGAUGAUGACCAUGAAGGGGAUGGUUUUGAUUUGGACUGUAGCUAUGCCAAUGUACAAAGAACUAAGCAGCAUCUACUAAACAGACUUCGUAGAUUCGAGAAACUUGCCGAGUUAGAUCCGGUAGAACUUGAGAAGAGAAUGCUGGAUCAAGACCGCGAGUACAAAACAUUUACUGAAGAGGACGAUGAUUGUGAAGACGGCGCCAGCGAAACAGCAUGCAAAGAAAAUGCUCUGAGAGGAGAAUUAAUGUUUGAAAUCCUCUGCCAUUCAAGUGUUGAAGACACACAACAGCAAACUCCAGAAGACCUCAAGAGGCUGGUCUAUGAUCUCAUCAAGGAGGAAGAGAGGGAAGUUAAUAAUUCUUCAGACAUGGUGAUAAGAAGGGUUCUUAGGAGGCUAGAAUUGUGGAAAGAAGUGGAGUCCAACACUAUUGAUAUGAUGAUAGAAGAGGACUUCUCUAGAGAGCAAUGCAGGUGGAAGAAAAAUGCUGAGCACACAAGUGAGCUAGCUGUGGAACUUGAACUUGCUAUCUUUUGCUUUCUAGUGGAGGAGCUUUCAGAGGAACUAGUGUGUUAAUGUGGGCAAAUUUUGAUGCAGCUGAAGAAUUUAGUAUGAGUUAUUUAUUAUCUUUAUUCUUUUAAUUAGAAGAGUACAGUCUAACUUGCACCUUAUUUAAAUAGGCUAGUUAGAUAAAAUGAGACCCAAAAGGAUAAUUUGGGUUGGAGGAGGGAGAACUUGAGGGGGGGAUAUGUUACAUAUGUACAUGACUCGUGUAUGUAGGUGCCAGGGAAUGCUGUAAAUCACCUUUAUUAGUUACAAAAUACUAUAAUUUUUGCAGUCAUUGAUCCCCCGGGCGUUGUUAUAAUGCUAUGUUCUAUUUAAUGUAUCCACAUUUGUAAUUA